UGUCAUGUCAGUAAAGACUGUUUGGUUCAGUUUGAGAGUGGGGAGAGGGGAGAUGGCGAUUCGCUCUACAUUUAGUUUAAAUUAUAUAUAUAUAUAUAUAAAAAAACAGUUUCACAAUUCUACCACUAGACAGAAGCGCCGCCAGCGCUGUGUCGCUUUCCACCUCGCCGCCAGACAGCUCCAUUCACGCCGCCAGAGACUGCCUCACAGUACGCUGCACCCUGGGAUAGGUUUUGCAGAGAGAGUCGCCGUCAGAACUCAGCGAUUUAGACGAGACUGUUUCCCCCCCCACCAGUGUUAAUUAACGUUCUUCAGCCCAGGCAGGAUGGAAGAUGAAACCGGGGGGAGUCCUGAGCUGGGUCAGCUGAUGCUGGAGAACCUUCCGGUCCUGGCAGCGAAGGACGGCUGCAAACUUAACCCCCCGCUACAAGAAGCUUCCUCAACGGGGCUCCCUGUAGCAAUCCAGCAGAACACCGAGACAGGACUCUGCACUGCUGACCAGCAGCACUCUGAGACAGGUCUCUGCAUUGAAAAUUGCUUCCCAAAGUCAGACCUUCAGCGUGCAGAACUGGAAGAUGAAGCAUCAUUGGGCCGCCGCAAGAGUUUUUUGUAUAACGAUCGCAGGGAAAUCUCUGAUGGCGAAUUUGGCAGCACGGGGAACAGAACUGCCCAGCCAGAGGCCAGGGCUGAUUUGGAUCAAAGACGCUCUCGAGGGUUAAAACCUGAUGAGGCUAUCCAACCCAGACCAGACCUUUUCUCGGCACGAGAACCCAUUGGAGAAAUGACUCGCUUUCACUUGGAGGAAGGGCUUCCCAAAGCUUUCAAACCUCAAGAAACAAGACCAGAAGAAUUACCCAACUUUCAAAAGCAGUUCUCCAAAACCUCAGAGAAACCCCCCUCGGCACAGGAGAGCACCCAGGAAGGGGACGAAGCACUCCAGUUUGACAGGACGACUCCUCCCGGCCCCCGCUCUCGCCCCUCUGGCAGGUCUAAGCUCCGCUCACAGCAACAUUCUGACCCCCUCCCCCACGCCUGCCUGGAAUGUGGGAAGAGGUUCCGGCAGCGUUCGGACCUGCAGCGGCACUCCUUCGUGCACAGCGAGGAGAACCAGUUCCCCUGCCGGCUGUGUGAUAAACGCUUCGCCCACGCCUCGGGACUGAGGAUCCACGAGCGCAGCCACAGCGGGGACAAGCCCUACCGCUGCCCCGUCUGCCAUAAGACCUUUGGCAGCUCCUCCAACCUGGCCAAGCACCGCUUUGUGCACAGCGAGGGCAAGCGCUUUCCCUGCCCGGCCUGCGGGAAGAGCUUCAAGCACCCUGCCAGCCUCAACGCACACCGCAAGAGAGGCCAUCCAGAUGGGUCAGGAAGCGGCGGAGUGCCGGAGGGUGGAGGGGCGAGGACGAGUCGGAGGAGGAAGCAGGUGCAGAGUCUCCCUUGUCGGAUCUGCGGGAGGAUUUUCGGGGGGGCACGGACCCUGGAAGCCCAUCUCCUGCUCCACGGGGGGGACCCGCAGCUGGGCUGCUUUGACUGCGACCUGCUGUUCGGGUCGAGGGAGGAGAUGGAGGCGCACCAGAGCUUCCAUCGUUUAGUGCAGGAGGGGUCGCCCGGGACCGGAGAAGUGGGUGGCGCUUUGUCCCAGGGGGGGCCGACUGGAAGGCUGGUGGUUGUUACAGAGGAAUCGGAUAGGGAGCUGAGCGGAGAGGGGGAGACGGUGUUAGAAGAGGAGGGGUGGAAAGUGUCCCAAACUGGACUUGGCUACAGUGAACAUGUAGAGAGGCAGGGAGGGGAGGGGGUUAUCGGAGAGGGUCCAGGGGUUCACUGUGAAUUGGAAAAAGGAGGCGGAGGAAGGGAAGGACUGCCUUGUGUGAGAAAUGAGAAACUGAGAGAGUUGAGACAGGGAGGAGCUGCAGAGAGAUACGCAGAGGAGUCAGAGACAGCGAGGCACACAGACCGAGGGAGAUUGGGACCGGGAUUGAGAGAGGGUCUGGGGGAGAGAUUAGGAGGGGGAAUGACAGACAUAGGAUUAUUUAGCAAAAGACAUCAAAAGGGAAAUCAGAACCAACUGACCGGUUCUACGGAGCGUCUAGAACGGCCUAGAGUGGACCCUACUGAGGAGAUUCUGAGCGUCCAGGCCUUGAGAGCGAGGCUGUGGAACAUUGUGGAACAGUGCAGCGAUAUGAGCUCCUGCAGGGGACAGCUCCGAGAAUUCUGGAGGGGGUUCACAGAGUCUAGAACUUGCAAGGGGGGUGUCAACGAGAGGCAGGGGGAGUUUUGGGAACAAGGGUGCACAAAAAAGAAUGCCUCUGCGGGGUGCAUUAACAGACUAGAGGGAUCUAGAGCAGGCUAUGGACCAGAAGUAAGGGACAGUAACUCCUCUCUGGGUUACUCUCAAAGCAGGAACAGUAAUGGGGUGCAAAGUGUCCAGAACGUUCUAGAUCCAGCUUCCUGCCAGAGGUUUACGGAAAAAAGACUUGGACCCGAAAGCACCGCAAGGGGUUUGCCACAUCAGUAUGUUCUAGAAGCUGGCUCUAGAAACGGAGGGUUCCAGAAUGGUCUUGAACAUUCCAGAUACAUUUUGAAGGAGGGAUCUGGCUGCAGUGCGGAGGAGGUUCUAGAAUGUUCUAGGAGUGGCAUGGCACCCGAACAGGUUGGCAGUCUUUCCAGAGCGUGUUCGGGAAACAGGGAUUUCAUGGAGAGGAUAAGAGACAUUCUAGAAAAUUCCCCGGAUGGCAAAAUGUGCCGGGAGAGACUGGAAAGUUUCUGGAAAAGUUUUGGAGAACAAACGGAAGGAAGAGAGAGAGAACAUUGGGGUGAAGGGAGGGGGAAUGAAACGGCUACUGAAAGAGAGGGGGACGGGCAGAACAGAGGAGGGAAUGGAAAGCAAGGGGGAAGGGAGUGGGAGGAGAGAAGUAGGGAAAGGAAGAACAGACUACAAAAAAAAUGGAGAGAGAACAGGGAGGAAUGCACCAGAACCGAACAGAUCGGAACAGACAGGAACCCACAGAGAUUAAAAGCAGGGCUGGAGAGGGACAGGGAGGAAACAGCAGAGACAAGAACUGCCCCUAGCAACAGAAAAACAGAAGCACAGACUCCCAGAAUCACAGAGAAUCAACCUCCCAGAGCAGCAGAGCAGGAGAGAGGAGAGAGGGCAGAGGGGGGCCUAAUGGACCUGGAACCAAAAGGAACUAGCUUAAAGGAAGAAAGGGGUCAAGUACCAGCUAGAGGCAUCUUGGAGUACAAUAGGAAAGUGAGUCCAGUCCCGGAGAGAGGCAGCUUAGAGGAGGAAGAGAGAAUAGGAAGGGAUCUAAGGGAGCUAGAACUUAACAGGGGUAGCUUAGAGAAAGUGAGGGAUCCAGUACCGAUUAGCGCUAACUUAGAGGAAUAUCGGGAAGUGGAGAAAGAAGAGCACAGCCAGAAUCUGACACUGCAGAGAGCCGGCUCGGAUGCAGAGGGGAGGACAAGGAGGGAUCUGGUGCCAGCACGGGGUACAGCCUCCCUAAACCUGCCUUACAAGUGCAGCCUGUGCCCGGCAUCCUUUCCCCGCCCCUCGGAGGCGAAGGCCCACGUGCAGGGGCACUCACCAGGACGCCCCUACCCCUGCCCUCACUGCCCACGCCGCUUCCGGAGACGCUUCGACGUGCUGCGGCACGGGCGCGUGCACUCGGGAGAGAAGCCCUUUGCCUGCGCGGUGUGCCAGCGCCGCUUCAGCCAGGCCGGCACACUCCGCACACACAGCCUGGUGCACUCCCAGGACAAGCCCCACCGCUGCUCCCUCUGCCCAGCCAGCUUCCGCAGGAGUGCUGACCUGCGCCUGCACCAGAGGAGGCACAGCGGGGAUAAGAGGUACCCCUGCAGCCUGUGUGACAAGGCCUUUGUACAGUCCAACGCACUGCUAGCACACCAGCAAACACACUACAGGAGGGAGAGGAGGAGGCAAUGCAGAGAGCAGGAGACUGAGAGACACUGAGAACCACACACACACUGAGAUACACUGAGAGAAACACACACAUACUG